UGGUGCUUCCGUGGCAUGCAACCACAAGCUCAAGUUGUGGUUGAGUGGUGGAUGGUUGGGAUGUUUGAUAUCCACCGAGCUUGGUAUAAAAGAGCUUGGUAUAAAAGAGCCCUGGUUCAAAUCGGUGACAGACAGCGAGCUCGCAUUUUCCUGCCUUGAGAAGAAACCAUGAGAUUCCACGUCAUCUUCCUGCUGCUGGCACUGGUGGCCAUGCCCUCCCUUUCCAUGGGUCAAGAAGCUUCCGUGGAAGAUUCUGUGGAAGAUUCUGUGGAAAAUUCCGUGGAAGAUUCCGUGGAAGAUUCCGUGGAGGAUUCUGUGGAAGAUUCUGUGGAAGAUUUCGUGGAAGAUUCUGUGGAUGAUUCCGUGGAAGAUUCUGUGGAUGAUUCCGUGGAAGAGUCCAUUGAAGACUCCGAGGAAGAUUCUAACGAGGAGCCCACGGGGUUCUUCCCGAACUAGGAUGAUGGGGCAUAUGUAUUUAAUGCUGUGGUCCCGAGAAGUGUGCUAAACACAAUGGGAUGCAUCGUAAUUUAACAACUGCUCUGGGCGACAAAGAUAUGUCGGUGUUGGUCUUAAUUUGGCAGUUUUGAUUGGGCUUUAAACUGACAAAAGUGAACUAAUGUCACAAUAAACUUUUCUUUGGCACA